UGCUUUAGCAGCAUCAACCACAAAGCAACUGAGUUCGAUGAGAAUCUGAUCAGCACCUAAAGCCUUCCCAUUACGUUCAAAGAAAAGAAAAUGGCGAUGAUUCCAAGUUUCUUUGGCAAACGAAGGGGCAGCAUCUUCGAUCCUUUCUCUCUUGACCUUUGGGAUCCUUUCAAGGACUUCCCUUUCUCUUCUUCUUCACUUACAACUCACGCCCCUGAAAUCUCUGCUUUUGCCAAUACACGAAUCGACUGGAGGGAAACCCCGGAAGCUCACGUCUUCAAGGCUGACCUUCCAGGGCUCAGGAAAGAGGAAGUGAAACUCGAGAUUGAGGAUGACAGGGUGCUCCAAAUCAGCGGAGAAAGGAACGUUGAGAAAGAAGACAAAAACGACACCUGGCACCGGGUUGAGCGUAGCAGUGGCAAGUUCAUGAGGAGGUUCAGGUUGCCGGAGAAUGUGAAGAUGGAUCAGGUUAAGGCUUCCAUGGAAAAUGGGGUUCUUACUGUUACUAUUCCUAAAGAGGAAGUGAAGAAACCUGACGUCAAAGCCAUUGAGAUCUCUGGUUAAUAUCUUAAAUAUUUUUGGUGUAUGCAAUUAUGUACUACUCGUAUGCACAGUUGUGAAAUAUAAUACUGUAAUCUACUAAAGUGAAAUCUUCUUUAUUCUAAUGUACCCGUCAUUUCGUUUUCUCUUCUCUGA